AUGAAGAUGCGCCGCAACGGCCUCAACCUGGAGGGCAAACGGGUGGUCUGCGUAAUCACCGGUAGCGGCCUGAAGGAUCCGGACAUGGCUGUCAGCAGCGUCCAGGCCGACACCAUCGAAGUAAAAGCCAACCUGGAGGCCAUCGAAGCGGCGAUUAUGGAUUCUCUGCCGGUGGCGAGUCGAGCUAACCCGGUCGGUGGCCCGUAG